ACGGUGAAUGAGGCAGAGUACCAUGGUUUGUUACUAUGUCUAGAUCGGUUGGAAGGUCUGGAUCCACAGCGUCUGGUAAUCUGCGGAGACUCAAACCUGGUGAUCCGACAAGUACGAGGAGAGAUCGAUUGUAAAGCGCCAGGUCUGACACUGUUACGUCAGCGAGCCUUGGAUCGACUACGUACAUGGCCAGAUCAUGAACUGUUGCACGUUAAACGGGACUGGAAUGGGAGUGCUGACAGCCUAGCAAGUGCUGCUCUACAGCGGCAAUGCGGGAUCGAGAUAGAGUCUGAGGUGGUGAUCCAGAAUCUCCUAACUUUAAAUAGGUUGCAUGAGAUGUUGAAGAAGAGGUCGUACGGGUAUCAGCGGUGA